GUGAAAACAAGCAGGACCAUAUGAAACGUCCGCCAUCAAAUGGCUACGCCUGGUGUAGUUUCCACGGACGGGGCGAGCUUCAGUACUCCUGGAAUGCAAAAGAUGACUUCCUCUGAGCGAUAACAGCCUCAAGUUUUCUGGGUGUGGUGCAACAAGAUUUGCAAACCUGGAUUUGGGGAUUUUCUGCCAUUCUUCUCUGCAGAUCCUCUCAAGCUCUGUCAGGUUGGAUGAGAACCAUCGGUGGACAGCUAAUUUCAGUUUCCUUCAACCCUGACCAGUCCCUGCCACUGAAAACCCCCCACAUAGCAUGAUUCUACCACCAACAUGAUUCACCGUUGUGAUGGGUCUGAGCAUCACAGGUUCAUCCCAGACAAACAAAAGGACCAUGGGCCACCGAGGAAUUGACCCCACUGGAGAGACCACUUAUAAAAAGACCACAUCAUCUGCCCUGAAAGGCGCCAUUCAGCUGGGCAUCACACACAGUGUUGGAAGCUUGAGCCAGAAGCCAGAGAGAGAUGUGCUCAUGCAGGACUUCGAAGUGGUGGAAAGCAUCUUCUUUCCCAGCCAAGGCAGUAGUUCCACUCCAGGCCAUCACCAUGGUGACUUCAAGUUUAAAACCUAUGCCCCCAUUGCCUUUCGCUACUUCAGAGAGCUGUUCGGAAUUCGACCUGGUGACUACCUGUACUCUCUUUGUAAUGAACCCCUUAUUGAGUUAUCUAAUCCUGGAGCAAGUGGUUCUCUGUUCUACGUCUCAAGUGACGAUGAGUUUAUCAUUAAGACAUUGCAACACAAGGAGGCCGAAUUCUUGCAGACACUCCUACCGGGAUACUUCAUGAACCUGAACCAGAACAUGCGUACCCUGCUUCCCAAGUUCUACGGGCUCUACUGUGUUCAGGCCGAGGGAAAGAACAUACGAAUUGUAGUAAUGAACAACCUGCUUCCCUGUGCUGUGCCCAUGCAUCUUAAAUACGACAUGAAGGGCUCCACAUGUAAGCGUCGUGCUUCGCCCAAAGAGAGGGCUAAGAAUGUGCCUACAUACAAGGACCUAGAUUUCAUGCAGGACAUGCCCGAUGGCAUAAUGCUGGAGAGUGACCACUACAGCGCCCUCUGCAGAACCAUACAGAGAGACUGUCGGGUUCUUCAGAGCUUUAAAAUCAUGGACUAUAGUCUUCUAGUGGGUAUCCACAACUUGGAUCGGGCAGGUGAAGAUGCAUCUACUGCAGUGCUUGAUACCCAGAAAAAGGCACCAAUCCAGAAGCCCCUUUACUGUACAGCCAUUGAGUCUAUUCAAGGGGAGGCCAUGGGAAAGACACAACCACAGCCCUAUGAAAGCAUGGGAGGAAUUCCAGCAUUCAAUUCAAAAGAAGAAAGAUUGCUGGUUUUCAUUGGCAUCAUUGAUAUCCUGCAAUCUUAUAGGCUUAUCAAGAAGUUGGAGCACUCAUGGAAAGCUCUGCUGCAUGAUGGGGACACUGUAUCUGUGCACCGGCCGAGUUUCUAUGCAGAUCGUUUCCAAAGGUUUAUGUGCUCCACAGUCUUCAAGAAAUCUCCAUUGAAAACAUCUCCCUCAAAGAAAGGUAGAGGCGGGGCUUUGUCUGUUGGAAAGAAAGCAAACAUUGCCAUGUCUGAACAGUCACAACAACAGACCCUUCCUACAGCAGCACAAACAAGCCUUGAACAAACACAGCCAGCACCCCAAGCGGCAGGCCAAACCGAGCAGACUACAUUACAGCUGUCCAGCAGUGGAGCCAUGUCCCUCAGCUCAGAGACACAGGCAGAUAUUGGUGUGCAGGCAGCUCGCCCUGACCUGCUUCCACAAGAAGUUACCGAAGAUGAGAUCACCAAUAGCUCAGUUGAUACAACCCUCUCAGCAAGUUCUCCUGUAAGCUCUUGGCCCUCCACAAACACUCACGGUCUGAGUUUUAGCAACAGAGCAGCCCAGUCAUCAGGGGAAAGUUUGGAUGUGGAAGUUGUUUCACUCAGUGAUACUGUUCCUCAAACAAGUGCCUCAGAAUGAUCGACAAUGGUUGAAAAGGACAAAAUAUAGCCCUCAAGGACAAAGAUCAUCUCUCUUAACAGGACAUCUGAACAAGUAAAAGACAAUGUAAGAAAGAGGUGGAGUACACACCUGGGGGAGUGAAAACUAGACAAUCUGGAAAAACAGUUGAUAACAAAAGAGAAAAGCGCACACCUAUAUAAGACUAUAAAGACAUGAGUAUAAUAAUAAUUAUAAUUUUUUUUUUACAUAUGUUUUUGGAGGCUGAGAGUACAGAUUCCAGUAUUGCUGCUAAGAAAUGGAACCAAAAUAUGCCACUGUAGUACCUUAACAGUGUGAUGUCACUGUUCUUACAGCUGUCCAACAGGGACAUAAAAAGCAGUGCCUUAUUUAAUAGAACUUCCUGAACUUGAUCAUGUUUUUUCACAACAAUAGUAGAUUGAGGAGAACUUUUCAUCAUGAUCCAGGAGAACAAACUGAUUUUUCAAAUACCUCAGUGAGAGAUAUUUGGUAGUAGACUUCAUUCAAUCAUGCUAUUCGAUGUUGUUUUCCCCACCUUAUUUUGCUGAGGAGACCAUUGAAAGACAAAUCUGUUGGAAUCACAUAUUAGUUACUUUGCUAUAAGGAAAAAUUAAAACUUUGUUGAUUUUCACAUUUUUCUUACAGAUUUGUUGGGAAUAUAGCUUGAUUAUGUACAAGAAAAAAAAUGUUGGAUGAAUCCAUCCAAAUCAGAUUGCUUGAACAAUCGUGUAUCAACUCUAUUUAAAACCUCAAAACGGUAAAUGGUUUUAGAGUUGGUUUUAGAAAUAUAAAUUCAAAUCCAGUACUGUAUUAUGGUAGGAAUGUGCCUUAACUGCAAGAGAAAUGUGUCCUGUCAUUAAAACAGGAUAUCUCAUACUAAGCACGGUGCCUGUAAUAGAUUGCGCAUAAUUGAAUUAUCUUUUAAGUACAAAAACACAAUAUAUAGUGAUUCUCAAAUGUCAGUCUGCCAUGUGUGACUGAUAUAUUAACACAUACCCAUUUAAUAUUAAAAAAGAAGCUUUAAAGAAGCUUAACUUGACAUUAUUUGGGAAAAGAUUAUGAGAGCAUACGGGGAAAGAUCACUUUUGUGAAAAGAGUAGCAAUGUACCUAUAAAAGACAAAUUCAGUAUUUUGGAUUGUGUGACUAAUGGCUUUGAGUUUUUGUUUAGCAAUGCAUUUAACCCUUGUGCAUCCUUGUGGACAUUUUUGGCUUUUUCAGUUUUGUUUUUUUGAUAACUUUAUCUGUGUUAAUGGUAACUGCAUAAAAUUUUCCACAGGUGUGAAUUUUUAUUGGAAUUUUAAUAUUUCACCCUAUUUUCUUUAAAAAAAAUAUUUUUUGCACUAGUUACACAAAAUACUCCCUGCUCCAAAAUACUCCUUAGCGUCGUUUUGGACAAAAAUGGCACAUUGAAACCCAUUAAAACUGCGAUUUUUAAUCCCAGUGACAUUUAACUAUAAAAUUAUGCAAUCUUGUUUAACAUGCUUUCAUUAUGUUGGCAAGGCUUCAAAAUUUACAUUUUAAAUAUUUUUUAUCAGAUCGUGCCAUUUUUUUCAGGUUUGGCAUAUAGCGCUUUUGUUGUUGUUUUCUGCUGUUUUUGGCUUAUGCAUAUUGUAGAGCCAAUUAGAUUCAUUAUGAAUAUAUAAUUGUGUGAGUGUGUUGGUAUGGAUUUCAGAGUGUGGUUUGUAUGUGUCUGAGGCUCUAAUAAUAAAAAUAAAAAAAAUUCUGUUUAGCAUUUAUUAAAUUGAAAAUAAUUAUAAUUAUUAUAUUUUUUAUAAAAAACAACAGUGGCAUUAUGUAAACAAACUGGCGUUUAAAGUGUUAAAAUUCUGAAAAUAAAUGAAUGUUUGGUAACUAUGAUUAGAACUGAUGCUGGUUAAAA